UAGUCACACGGAAGAGUUGGAGUUAGAAGUCAGUGUGUCAUCAUGUUUGUCCUCGCACUGCAUUAUUAACAAUUUGAGUUUUUAUUACUUUGGCAGAGAGAAAAGAUAUGAAAAUAAUGAUGAGUAGUGUUUCAUGUAUUCUCAAGUUAAUAUUUGUUUUGUUGCAGUUCAACCUUCUUUUCUCCAACUAUUCUGGAGCUGUUGCUGAUGCUUCUCUUUCUGGUGGUUGCAUAGAGAACGAGAGACAUGCUCUCCUUGAGUUGAAGGCAAGCAUGGUGUUGGAUGAAACUAUGCGUUUGCCUACUUGGGAUAGUAACAAUUAUGGUUGCUGUUCAUGGGAAGGAAUCGGCUGUAGCAAUCAAACUGGCCAUGUUGAAAGGCUGGAUCUAAAUGGCCAUCAGUUUGGUUCUUUUCAAGGUGAGAUCAACGCAUCAUUGAUGGAGCUGCAACAUCUAAAGUAUUUGAACCUCAGUUGGAGUUAUUUUUCAAACAGUAUUUUCCAACAAUUAUUUGGUUCUCUAAGCAACUUGAGAUACCUUGACCUCCAAUCUUCAUUUAAUGGUGGAAGAGUUCCAAAUGAUCUUGCUCGUCUUUCACACUUGCAAUAUCUUGAUCUUUCAGACAAUUUCUUUGAGGGUACAAUCCCUCAUCAACUUGGAAAUCUCUCUCAUUUGCAGUACCUUGAUCUUAGUUUCAACAAUCUGGUUGGAACCAUUCCUCAUCAACUUGGAAACUUUUCAAAUUUACAGGAGCUUCAUCUUGGACACAGUUAUCUCAAUGUUGGAGGUGAGUGGCUUUCUAAUCUCACUCUUUUAACCCAUCUUGACUUUAGUGGCUUACCCAAUCUCAAUUCUUCUCAUGUUUGGCUGCAAAUGAUUGCUAAGCUUCCAAAAAUACAAAAAUUGAAGUUAUCUGAUUAUGGUCUUUCUGAUCUUUACCUUCAUUCUCUGUCCCCUUCACUAUUGAAUUUUUCUACUUCUCUUACAAUCCUUGAUCUUUCAUAUAAUACCUUCUCAUCAUCCAAAAUAUUUGAAUGGGUGUUCAAUGCCACCUCCAACUUAACUGAGCUUGAUCUUAGCUUUAACAUCUUGAAAAGCAUCAUUCCAUAUAAUUCUGGAAACAUCAGAAAUCCUCUUAAACGGCUUGACUUGACUGGUAAUGAACAACAGGGUGGAACUAGUGUGGAAUUCUUUAGUGACAUAUGUAGCUUACAAUCACUGUACCUUGAAAGAAACAAUUUGAAUGAAGACAUUUCAACAAUUCUUCUCAAAUUGUCUGGUUGUGCUAGAUACUCGCUGCAAGAAUUGGAUUUAUGUUACAACAAAAUUACUGGCACAUUUCCAGACCUUUCAAUAUUCCCAUCACUAAUAACAAUUGACCUCUCAAUUAAUCUGUUAAGUGGGAAGGUGCUAGAUGGUGUUGGAUAUCUUCCAUCUAAAUUGGAGUCUUUGACAUUUCAAUCCAACUCUUUGGAAGGUGGAAUUCCAUAUUCAUUUGGUAACCUAUGUUCAUUAAAGUCACUAGACCUGUCAAACAACAAGUUGAGUGAAGAUCUUUCAGUGAUACUUCAUAAUAUGUCUGUUGGGUGUGUCAAGUACUCACUGCAAGAAUUAGAUUUGUCUAGAAACCAAAUUAUUGGCACGGUACCUGACAUGUCAGGGUUCUCAUCUUUAGAAACUUUCGACUUAGCUUACAAUCUAUUAAACGGGACAGUAAAUAAUUAUACAUUCCCGUGUAAAUUAGAGAGUCUGCGCUUGGAAUUCAAUAAUUUACAUGGUGUUGUCACUGAUUCUCAUUUUGUCAACGUGUCCAUGUUGACGUUAUUAAGCUUGAGUUCUAAUUCAUUGACUCUGAAAUUCAGUGAAAAUUGGGUACCACCUUUUCAAUUGCGUGUCGUAUUUUUAAGUUCUUUAAUUAUAGGGCCUAGUUUUCCAAAAUGGUUGGAGAGUCAAAAACAACUUAUAAGCUUAGACAUUUCUAAUGCUGAAAUUUCAGAUGUAGGUCCAGUGUGGUUUUGGACUCAAACAACAAAUAUAGAGAUCAUGAAUAUUUCAUACAACAAUCUCAUUGGCACAAUUCCAAAUUUACCCAUAAGAUUUCAACCAUAUUGUCAAGUAUUUUUGGACUCAAAUCAAUUUGAAGGUUCAAUCCCUCCAUUUUUUCGAAGUGCAGCAUUGCUACGGUUGUCAAAAAACAAAUUUUCAGAAAUUCGUUUGUUGUUAUGUACUAACGCUACAAUUGAUAAUUUGCUCCUAUUAGAUCUAUCAAACAAUCAAUUAUCCACACAGCUCCCUGAUUGUUGGAGUCAUUUGAAAGCAUUGACAUUUCUAGAUUUGAGUGACAAUACUUUGUAUGGUGAAGUUCCAUCCUCAAUGGGAUCAUUUUCUAAACUUAAGGGAUUAAUAUUGCGCCACAAUAGAUUAACAGGGAAGUUGCCCAUCUCCUUGAAGAAUUGCACUAACCUGAUCAUGCUAGAUCUUGGAGAUAAUAGAUUAUCUGGACCAAUACCGUAUUGGUUAGGACAACAAUUGCAAAUGUUAAGCUUACGAAAGAACAGAUUCUAUGGAAGUCUUUCGCAGAGUCUUUGUUACUUAACAAACAUUCAAUUGUUGGAUCUCUCAGAAAACAAUAUAUCGGGACAAUUAUUUAAAUGCUUGAAGGAUUUUUUCGCAAUGUCUCAAAAUGUUUCGAUAACUAGUACCGGAGUAUCUCGUUUAUUAUUCGCAAGUGUAGGUGGAACCUAUGCUGGCAGCUUUGAUUUGAUUGCAUUGUUGAUGUGGAAAGGUGAAGAACGACUAUUCAAGAAUAAUCAACUCAUUCUGAGGAGUAUUGAUCUAUCAAGCAAUCAAUUGAAAGGAGUCCUUCCAGAAGAAAUAGGAGACUUGAUAGGAUUGGUGUCAUUAAAUUUAUCAAGCAACAAUUUCACCGGAGAAAUUACUUCAAAGAUUGGAAGGUUAACAUCACUUGAAUUUCUCGACUUGUCAAGAAACCAUUUCUCUGGUUCAAUUCCUCCUUCUCUAGCUCAAAUUUAUCGCCUUUCCAUGUUGAAUUUGUCUGAUAAUAACCUUUCUGGAAGAAUUCCAAUGGGCACGCAGUUACAGGGUUUUGAUGCUUCAAGUUAUGAAGGGAAUGUUAAUCUUUGUGGGAAACCACUUGACAAAAAAUGUCCAGGAAAUGAAGAAGUUGCCCAUCAAAAACCAGAAACACAUGAAGAAAGUAGUGAAGAAGAUAAAAAACCACUUUAUUUGAGUGUGGCAUUGGGAUUUAUCACAGGAUUUUGGGGACUCUGGGGAUCAUUGUCUCUUAGCCGGCAUUGGAGGCAUAAAUAUGUCUUGUUCCUGAACAACAUAAUUGACACAAUAUAUGUGUUUAUAGUGUUGAAUGCAACUAAAUUUCAAGUGUGGCUUAGAGGUUUGCAGGAAAAGUUUGUAUAAGCAUCUCUUCAGUUGAACCAUUUGCAUAUUUGUUGAAGAAAGGUAGCAGAACAAGUAACUAUGCUCAGAUCAGACAAAAAUAAAGGAGUUCAAAGUUCUCUAUUAUGUAUCAAUAAUUUACAUAAUCAAUUUGUGAAGCAUAUAUAUGCUGUGAGAUUUUAUUUUGUUAUUCUGAAGAUUUUAUCUUGUUAAUAUAGUUGUUUGAAUGUUAUUUGAAGAAUAUGUAGAAUUGAAUGGAUGAGAAUAAAAUAUAUGAUUGUGUGAAUCACCAUUUUCUGUC